AUGGCAAAGCCUCGUGAGGGGUUGCCGGGUAAUUCCGGCCACAUACAUGUAUCUCUUGUGGACAAAUCCGGCAACAACCUCUUUUAUCGCCGUGAGAAAGAUUUGAAGCCUCCAUUUGAGGGCCUGGCAUACGUUUCGGAUAUUGGACGGCAAUUUCUGGCUGGACUGCUUGAUGGGCUGCCGGACAUCAUGCCUAUCGUUGCACCAACCAUCAAUUCUUACAAGCGACUUGUCGAAAACUUCUGGGCCCCCGUGACGGUAUCCUGGGGUCUGGAACACCGUGCAGCGUCGAUACGGCUCAUUGCACCACCCACAGGUAGCGCCAAGGCAACUAGAUUUGAAGUCAGGGUUGCUGGCGCAGAUGCUAAUCCCUUCCUCGUCUUAGCUGCAGUACUCGGGCUUGGAUGGAGAGGGGUGGAAAAGAAAAUGGCGAUCAAGACGCCCCCCUUAGGCAAAGGAGAGGAUGUAGGAGGGGCAUCUGAUCAGGGACUGAGACUGGCCAAGUCAUUGAAAGAGGCAACGACGCAGAUGAUGCGGGAAGGCAGCGUGGCCAGGGAAGUCUUUGGGAACGAUUUUGUGGAACAUUUUGGAGGAACAAGAGAGCAUGAGAUUCACGCGACUGGCCCCUCCGACGCCACCUCUGCUAUCCUUAUCAUCUAUGAUGUCUUUGGCUACUCAGAUCAAGCGAUACAGGGAGCUGACAUCCUCGCACAUGCCGAUGGGCCCGACCAUCAGUACCGCGUCUUCAUGCCCGACUUCUUCUACGGUAAACCGCUAGCCUUGGAGGUUUUCCCUCCCAACACGGAGGAGAAACAGAAGCAAUUUGGUGAUUUCUUUGCCGGACCAGCGGAGCCUGGGAUGACUUCCAAAAAGGUUCUAGAUCUGGUCAAAGAGAUCGGUGGCACUUCUGAAGGGAAGGGUAUCCAGAAAUGGGGCAGCCUGGGAGCGUGCUGGGGAGGCAAGAUCGUUUCCCUAACCGCCCAAUCUGGCACCCCCUUCAGUGUGGGCGCCGAGGUACAUCCGGCGAUGAUUGAUCCCAAUGAUGCCAAGGGCAUUCAGAUUCCAGUGUGCAUGCUGGCGUCUGGAGACGAAGAUAAGGAGGCCGUGCAGAAGUGGAAGGAGGCGCAUCCGGGGGAGAACCAUGUAGAGACUUUUGAGGAUCAGGUCCAUGGCUGGAUGGGUGCUAGAGGUGACUUAAAGGACGCGCGGGUGAAAGCAGAAUAUGAGAGAGGCUAUAAGACUUUGUUGGAGUUUUACCAUAAAUAUCUAUAG